AUGGGCAAGGAGAAUAAGGAAACCGGCGAUGAGGUUGAUGAAAUGUCUCUGGAUGGAGUGGAAAAAGUCGAUGCUGAAGCGCCAGAGGGCUCUCUGAUACGUGAAGCCACGUUUGUGGGAGUGUUAUGCUCGGCUCAAUUAAUGACACAAGCGGGCCUUGCGCAAUCAAUAGCGCCACUUCAUUAUAUUGGUGAGAGUUUUGGGAUCAGCAAUCCCGGCCAAUUGAGUUGGUUUGCAUCCGGUUACUCAUUGACGGUUGGUACAUUCAUUUUGAUUGCGGGCAGACUGGGUGAUUUGUUUGGGCACAGAAGAUUCUUUGUCUUCGGAUUUUUAUGGUACGCACUCUGGUCAUUGCUGGCCGGAUUCAGCGUAUACUCUAAUCAGGUCUUCUUUGAUUGCUGCCGUGCCUUUCAAGGUAUCGGACCAGCCCUGGUGCUGCCCAAUGCGAUUGCCAUUCUAGGUCGCACUUACAAGCCAGGAAAGAGGAAAAAUAUGGCAUUCAGUAUGUUUGGUGCUUGCGCACCCAACGGCUUUACACUUGGAGCAGUCUUUUCAUCCAUACUAGCUCAGAUGGCAUGGUGGCCUUGGGCGUUUUGGAUAUUUUCUAUUGUUUGCUUUUUCUUGGCGGUAGCAGGACUCUGGGUGAUCCCACACGCAGAUAUGCCGAAUUUGGAUGCAUCCCACUCAAUUUGGCAACGAGUUGAUUUGGCAGGUUCUUUGAGCGGCAUGACUGGGCUUAUUCUAUUCAAUUUUGCGUGGAAUCAAGGUCCUGUCGUGGGUUGGGAAACGCCUUAUACGUAUGCAUUGCUCAUAGUGGGAGUCGCAUUCCUGUGUCUAUUUGUCUUUAUAGAAUUGCGAGCUAAAUUUCCGUUGCUCCCUUUUAAAGCGCUAUCGACGGACGCCGCAUUCGUACUGGCUUGUAUCUCUGCAGGGUGGUCAAGUUUUGGUAUUUGGAUUUAUUACAUCUGGCAAUUCAUGGAGGAUUCAAGAGGACAGACCCCACUAUUAUCAAGUGCGCAACUUACCCCUACAUGCGUUAGUGGAUUUUGCGCAGCUAUGACUACAGGAAUUGUCUUGAAUUAUUGCAGACCUAGUACAGUGAUGUUAUGUGCAAUGAUCGCCUUCACUCUGGGGAACAUAUUAAUCUCCUCAGCCCCAGUGCAUCAGACCUAUUGGGCUCAAACUUUUGUCUCUAUAAUUGUGAUGCCCUGGGGCAUGGACAUGUCUUUUCCUGCUGCAACACUUAUUCUCAGUAACACAAUGCCCCAGGAACACCAAGGCCUUGCUGCCUCGUUGGUUAACACAGUGGUCAAUUAUUCCAUUUCAAUUGGACUAGGAUUUGCCGGUACAAUCGAGUCGCAAGUAAAUGAUGGAGGAUCUAACCCAUUAAAGGGAUACCGCGGCUCUUGGUACAUGGGGAUAGGACUAGGUGGUCUUGGAAUUGUAAUUGCUGCGUCCUACGGGCUCAGCACAUACGUGAGAUUCAAACGGGAACCUCCUGAAAACGAACACUUAGAGUAA